UAAUUUAAUCGCCGUAUGAUCGUUACAGAAUCAGAGAUCCAAUCUCUAUGAACGAGCAAUGGCUCUGACUCCUUCAUCCCCCUAUCUCCUCCAUUUUCCCCUUCACUCUCCAUCCGCAACAACUCACCACCUCCUCUUCGCCGACCUCGCUUCCAGCUCCAGCUUUUUCCAGUCCCCAUGGGCGCCGUCGCACAAGAGCAAGGUCUCUGCGAUUUCUCCUAUUGUGAUCAAGGAGGCCUCUUUGUCCAGGGUGAAAUGCAUGUCGAAAUCAACGGCGGAGGAGGACCGGUUGAUCGAACGGGAAACCAUAGCCACUUCUGACGACGGCGACGACCCGAAGGCCCCGCACCAGAGUUCAGUGCCGACCACUGGAUCGAUUGGUCCUCAGAGGGUGUCCACUUCGCUUAGUGAUUCUCUUUCUCUCGGGAUUCGCGAGCCAGUUUACGAAGUGCUAGAGGUAAAGUCAAAUGGGAUGGUAUCUACUAGGAAAAUUAACAGACGCCAAUUAUUGAAAUCAAGUGGCCUUCGUCCGCGAGAUAUCCGAAGUGUAGAUCCAUCACUGUUUUUAACAAACUCGAUGCCUUGUUUGCUGGUUCGUGAGCUUGCUAUUCUUCUGAAUCUGGGCUCAUUGCGAGCAAUGGCAACGCAUGAGUGUGUCCUUAUUUUUGACUAUAACAGUAAAGGAGGGAAGGCUUUCAUAGAAACCCUGCUGCCUCGGUUGGACCCCAAAAAUGGGCAUGGAGGACAAUGUAUGCCAUUUGAAAUUGAGGUUGUUGAAGCAGCAUUGCUUUCACGCGUACAGUGUUUGGAACAGAGAUUAAUCAAUUUAGAACCUCGUGUACAAGCUCUCCUUGAGGUUUUGCCAAACCGAUUAACUGCUGACAUAUUGGAGCAGCUUCGCAUUAGCAAGCAAACAUUGGUUGAAUUGGGCUCAAGGGCUGGGGCUCUCAGACAAGUGUUGCUUGAUCUUUUAGAAGACCCUGAGGAAAUUCGUCGUAUGUGUAUAAUGGGAAAAAACUGCACGCUUAAGAAAGGAAAUGAUGAAGUGGAAUGCUCUGUCCUCUCAGAGAAGCAGAUUGCUGAGGAAGAGGAGGAAGAAAUCGAGAUGCUUCUGGAAAAUUAUCUUCAAAGAUGUGAAUCUUGUCAUGGUCAGGCUGAAAGGCUUCUUGACUCUGCAAAAGAAAUGGAAGACUCAAUUGCUGUGAAUUUGAGUUCUCGGAGGCUUGAGGUUAGCAGAGUGGAGUUGCUUCUUCAGGUUGGGACAUUUUGUGUGGCAGUUGGGGCUCUACUUGCGGAAGCUUCAGAAGUUCAGAUCGAAGAUCGAAACAUUAUGUUCCUCAAACAAAUAAGCAUUCGGUCUCUCCAAUUACACACAUAGCCAAGGGAACAGCAUUCCCAAUCAUGAUGUUAUUAUGUUCCUCAUAAUGCACUCUCCAACAAGACAGGAACUCCAUCAGCAAGCAUGACCCACAUUGCCCCCAAGAGUGAGAAAACAUAUAAACAGAUUUCUCUCAACGUCCUUCAAACAAUGAUAAUGUCUAGAAAUCUGAUUUUAUUAUCACAAGACCUUGAGUUUUUUUAUUAACCCUUCUGAUGCCAUCAAUUGUGGUAACAUGGAGUACCUGUUUUCCCAAUGAGAGAACAAAGAAUGGACUAAUUUCUAAAUGGUCAUUUAAAAAAAAACAUUUAAACAAAAUUAUAGGGGAAUAGGGCUCAUUUAUUGAAAUCCUUUUGGUGUCAAAACAUUAUCAAUCCAUGAAAGAAUUACUUAAGUUGAAUGCUUCAGAAUGAUUAAUUUCCAACUGCCAGCCAAAUUGUUGAAUUUUGAAGUGGGAUGU